AUGCAUUUGUCCCAACAAGAAUUUAAAGCCUUUGUUCAAGAAAAUAGUGAAAAUCGUCGACUUAGUUCAAAAAAGCUUGUAACAGUUUGGACAGCUCAUACAAAACAGUCUAUUUCUGCUAUUACUAUGUGCCAGAAUCUUAAGAAAGUUGGGCUUACAUCUUGUAUACCUCGUAAAAAACCCACAAUGACAGAAGUACAUUGUCAGGCUCAUCUCUAA